AUGAGCUUGCCAGAUGGGGUGAAACACCGUCGGCGGAGUUCGUCUCUGGAGCGCCGCGACCCGUAUUCUUCUCCGUCACUUUACUACGAUGAGGAGGCCGUGAGACGUCAACUCCUGGGUUCAAGAAACAGAGCAGUCACCUCGUACAUCAAAGCUGCUCGCGAGAGCCCUCUCGGCCUCGGCAAAGGCGACUAUCCCGCUCGAAGAACCAGUCACGAUGAGCAUCAUCAGCAACAUCAAGAGCUGCUGGUAGACGUCGACCGCACCUUGCAGGAUCUACUUGAUCGGGAGGACGUGGACAGAAAUCACCAGAUCACAAUCGAAGACAAUGGACCAAAGCACAUCAAUCUGGGCACAUUGGCCUCCGCAGGCUACCGAACGGCCGAAGUGCGUGGAAAUUAUAUGAUCAGCAACCUCCUGCAAGAGUUAACACUGGCGCAAGAUUUGGGCAAGAAGGUGGUCAAGAUACAUCGCUCCCGUCUGAGUGAAAAUCCCGUCGAUCGUCUAUCCCGUCGCAUCAGAGAUGAGUUCUGGAACAAUUUGACCCGAAGUCUGGAUGCUGCCACGAUCGAAAAGGCAGGCAAGGAUCCCAAGGAUUGGACAGCUGAUCCUAGACCACGCAUAUACAUCCCUCCUGGAUGUCCUGAGCAGUUUGAAUACUACACUCAAGUUGCGAAGGAUCGCCCAGAAAUGCGGCUCGACGUCUGCUGGUUACCCGAGGGACCCAUAACGGCCAGUUUUGUCAGGGGUCUUAACCACGCCCCCGGCAUCCUUGCCUUGGCUAUGAGGAAAGAGAUGGUCGACGGCAAGGAAACUCUGAAGGGAGAGCCGUUCAUUGUCCCUGGCGGCCGCUUCAAUGAGCUGUACGGCUGGGACAGCUACAUGGAGUCAUUGGGCCUGCUCGAGAACGGAAGAGUGGACUUGGCGAAGUCUAUGGUCAUCAACUUUGCCUUCUGCAUCCAGCAUUAUGGCAAGAUUCUCAACGCCAAUCGUUCUUACUACCUUACUCGCUCACAGCCACCAUUUUUGACCGACAUGGCGAUGAAAGUCUACGACAAGAUCAAGCACGAACCUGGGGCGCUGGACUUUCUGCGGCUGGCCAUCCGAGCGGCCAUCAAGGAGUAUUACAAUGUCUGGAUGGCAGCUCCUCGUUACGACCCCACGACUGGUCUGUCAAGAUAUCGGCCCGAUGGUCUUGGCGUCCCUCCUGAGACCGAGGCUUCUCACUUUGUUCACAUCUUGACCCCAUACGCUGAGAAGCACGGAAUGUCUUUUGAGGAGUUCGUUCAGGCAUACAAUAAUGAGGAGGUCAAGGAGCCCGAUCUGGAUGAGUAUUUCUUGCAUGAUCGUGCGGUCCGAGAAUCGGGGCACGACACUUCUUACCGUCUGGAGGGAUGUGCAGCAAAUCUGGCGACGAUCGACUUGAAUUCCCUGUUGUACAAGUACGAGGUCGAUAUUGCAUGGUGCAUCCGGAAACACUUCAAUGACAGACUGUCCAUUCCAACCGAGUUCCUGACCGAGGCCAAUCGGAAGCAGGGUUUCGAGGUUUCUGCCACGUGGGAUCGACGAGCACGAAUGCGUAGAGCUCGCAUGGACAAAUACCUCUGGAACGAAGCCAAGGGCAUGUACUUCGAUUAUGACACUGUCCAGAAGAAGCGUUCCACGUACGAGACCGCCACGACAUUCUGGGCGAUGUGGGCGAGAUGUGCAUCACCGAAGCAAGCCGCCUCCCUCCUACUCAAUGCGCUGCCGAGAUUCGAUGCUUUCGGAGGGCUGGUUUCCGGAACUGAAGAAUCUCGUGGAGAAAUUGGCCUUCAUCGACCCAACCGACAGUGGGAUUACCCGUUCGGAUGGGCUCCUCAGCAAAUGUUGGCCUGGAGCGGUCUGAUCAACUACGGAUACCUUGACGACGCACAGCGUUUGGCGUACAAGUGGUUGUACAUGGUCACCAAAGCGUUUGUCGACUUCAAUGGCGUUGUGGUGGAGAAGUACAACGUCACCCGGGAGCUGGAUCCACACAAAGUUGAGGCCGAGUAUGGCAAUCAAGGUUCUGAUUUCAAGGGCGUUCCCAGAGAAGGGUUUGGUUGGGUCAACGCCAGCUAUGUCUACGGGCUUUCCUUCCUUCCAAUGCACAUGAAACGAGCUUUGGGCACACUCACCCCGUACGAUACGUUCGAAAAGGCGACGAAGAUCAAACUAAGCGCAGUUGAUGAUCUUGACGAGACCAUCCCCGAAGGCUCCGACGAGUCGAGGCCGGAUUCAGGAGACGAAGUGCCAAGCGAGGCAGCCGUCGGCUCCAGCACGGAGGACCUGACAAACUGA